CGUUCGGAAUGUCGGAAUUUUCACCAGUGAUUCCGGAUUGUUUUGAGGCCAUCAGUCAGCCAUUUCUCCUGUGCGUCACUGUUCAUAAGGCUCGGCACUUGAAGCUCCUCAACGAGGACACCUUUGUGCUGGUUUCCUGCAAUGGAAAACACUAUCGGACAAAAACCUUUCGCAAUUCGGACUGUCCGUUUUUCAAUGAGUAUUUUGUUUUUGAAAUUUUUACUACCAAGAAGCAGCUAUUUCGAUUGAAUUUACAACUGGCAGUCGUUCAUCAUAGAUGUAUUUCUCGAAAAAACCAAAUCAUCGGAGAAUUUACUAUUGGUCUCAAAACCAUAUGGGAUAAUCCUUCUCAUGCCUACAUACAAAAAUGGGCAACUCUUGAAGAUCCAGAUACCAAUGAAUCGGAUAUUGGAUUUUUACAAGUAGAUUUAUCUCUUUUGGCUAAUUUUCAACGACCUCAACCCGUUACAAUGCCUUUCAUCGACAGUGACAUUAUCGAUCAAAAUCUGCUGAUGCCAGUCGCGGAUGACAACAAUCUCCAGCGAGUUAACUACUCCGUUAAGAUUUGUUCUGGCGAGUUUGCAUUAAAAGCGGAUUAUGCCAUUCAAGUUACCUACGGAGGCAUCAGGUCCAGAACAAAGAUGCUUCCGCCCGGAAACAAUCCUCGUUGGGAUGAAAAUCUGGCUUUUGUUGGAACUUUUCCUUCCCUGUGUCAACUGUUCAUUUUUGAUAUCAUUAUCAAUGGAUGCUGCCAAAAACGCAUCUACGCCAGCGUGGAUUUACCGUUCACGAGUUUGUCCAAAAAGAUCGAUGGCAUUUAUUCUCUACCGACAUUCGGACCAGGGUAUCUAUAUUUCUACCGAGGGCAUCGGAACUAUUCCUACGUUGGUCGUGUGCUCCUAUCAAUUUCGACCGAAAUUCUACAUAAUCGAAGAGCAUCACCGACAAAGUAUCCAUCGGUGCCGAUCCAACCGUCACUAGAAACUGCCUUGUUCUGGACAGAGGAAUCGUUCGUUCUGAACCUUCUGUUACUCAAUGUUAUUGUUCUGGAUCGAUCAAAGCCGUCGAAAAUAGAAAUUUCCUUAGAUUUCUUGAACCAAACGUCCGGUCAUAUCGAAAUCAAGCUCGAUAAGCAUCCCAUCUCAAAAACUCGCUAUGCCCCUUUCCACGAAUUUCCCCCCAAAAGAAGGCCCAUACUCACCGUACGUUUCAAAUGUCCUGAUUUCCGGUGGAAGUAUGUGUUGCAUCAAUCGCUUCACCAUUGCUGGCUAACAGGACGUGCUUCGCUGGAAAGGUUUGAAUUAUUUCAAAUGUGCAGUGGUCGGGAUCAAAUUGGGCAAUCGACGGUUGUCAUUCGAAGAAUUCUUAACGAACUAGAUAACAACUUGAAGCAGAUCAGCAUAAAUUUCAAAGUUACAACUAACCAUCGACUUACCGACUGGGAUAAGAAAUGGAUGCUCUACGCUUUAGAACGAAUGAAAAAUAUUCUUUCAAACAUCGGCAAUUUAAAAGAGAGUUUAAAGGACGAAUCUCCCAACAUAUCGCAAAUUUACAGAGAAACGAUAGACAUAUUUGGGAUGCUGGAGAAACUGAUGCAUGAAGAGCAAAACGUAUUCCCGGAAGGAUUUCUUUUCAUUUGGUCUGUUGGAGGUAAUGUCACCAAGUUUGUCAAAGGGUGCUCGUCAGCGUGUAACCAAAGCCACGCUGAUGCCCUCUGCCGGUUGAAAGCUAUCAAACACUUGCAUCGAAUGACCCCGACCCCUAAAGUGACACGCGGUGAUGGGAUCCGGCCUGUCGUCAGGCGAACUUCAAUCCUGGCGCGACCGUUUUGCUGUUCACAUUCCUGUAAAACAGAAUUGUGUGGAUGUGUCUACGCCAAACUGGAUGUGGCCAUUUGGGUUGGCCCAGAGCGGGAGCAACCGGCUGAAUGGAGCACAAAAAAUCAGCCGGUAGCACAAAUGGGCAAUCAGGCCACGGUUCGGCCGCAUCUUGUCCCAUGUGAGGAGAAAAAUGUACCGAUACGAAGCUACGUCAGCGUAUAUCAGGGCAAAAUUCAUGCCGGUACGAAUGCCAGAGGAUUGAGUGAUCCGAAAAUGGUGGUUCUUCUGGAAAACCAUGAAAUGACAACUUCGACAAUUAAUCGAACGCUCUCUCCACGAUGGAACGAAACAAUUAUAUUCUCGAACAUUAAGCUGCUGGAGAACAGUUCUCUGUUCAUAUGCGAUGAAUUAGUUGCCGUUUUGAUGCUGUUGGAAGAAAAUGAAAAGGACCUUUUCCAGAAACCUGACGAACCCCUCGGUUUAGGCCUAAUCCGAAGCCCGAUACAUCCUCCGGGAACAUUGGAAGCAGUUUUGCCAGACUAUUUCACGGAAAUUUUUCAACAAUGUUCAAUAAUAAACAAGCAACAGGUUCGAGUUAAAGGUCCCACCGGAAAUAAAGACAAUAAAUUAACCAUUCAGCCCCUCCUUGCUGGUGAGCCCACAUCGAAUAAUGAUCUGUGGAAAGAGUUCGAUGACCGGCGGGAUUUAGUGCUCAGAUGGGUUGGUCUACAUCGUAACGGGAAUCAAAUAGCGGAUGUGCUAAUGUCCGUGCACACAGAGCAGGACAACCAACACCAUCAGCAGACGGCGGAAAUGAAAGUGGUUCAGGGAAUCCCGAAUGCUAUAACUCCUUCUUUGGAAGAGUUCACAAUUUUUGUUGUUUUUGCUGGUUUGAGAGGUUUUGGAAAAUCGAUUCACCUUAUCACCACCGGAAGAUAUCGCGUUCAACUUGUUUUGGGUGAGUUGAAGUUAACCAGUGGCCUAUCAAGACGACAGUCUGGAAGAUCGAUCAAUUUCUUAGACGUCUUUUCUUCCGCGACGUUGACUCUUCCGUCCCAAUUCGAAUAUUGGCCGCCACUUAUCGUUCAGCAUGUGGAUUGUUCGAGAACCAAAACCUUAGCAGUGGUUGGAACUAAUGUUAUUCACAACCCUCAGUUGUUAUUUUGUGAUCAUGAUGUGUCGGGAGAACUUUUAUUCCAUAAAUCAACCAUGCUUUUGAAACGUCAGCAACAAAUUUCAAUCGAUACAUUAGACAAACCUAAGAAAAAUAAAACGAUAAAAACUCCCGCGAGAAAGUGCAACAAGCUCAAGCAGAAGCUAAUUCCAAUUAUAAACCUACUCUGGGAGUCAUUGGAAACCAGGCGUGCGGCCAAUGAUAGGAAGCAUCCAGAAAGCACUGGAAGACGGAUUUCCCACGAGAGCGAGUACUCGUGGUGGACAAAGUUUUAUAACAGUUGCAGCUCAAAUCCCUCAGAACUGAGGCACAGAUUGAAGAUAUUCGAUUGCGAGCUUGAAGCAGUCCCAGAAUUCGAGAAGUUUCACGAUUGGAGCAAGCCAAUUCCAUUGUUUUCUGUGUUAGAAAAUAUAUCCGGAUAUCCGUUACCAUACACUAAACUUAAGUGCAAAAUAUUGAUAAGAACAAACCAAAAAAGUAACUCGGUGUCGAAAAUUGCGAUGGACUCCCGUUCGAAUAUACUUUUAAGAUCAAUUCCAACGAUUAUGGCGGACACAAAACUGACAAUUGUUGUAUACAUCGUCCAGGGACUCAAUUUAAGAUCCCGAGACAUGUUUGGCCUUUCGGAUCCAUAUGUUAAACUAGAAUAUGGUAAGAAUAAGCUUUCUGAUCGACCAAAUUACGUCAAGAACCAAACGAAUCCGGUGUUUGGUAAACGAUUUGUUAUGCAGGGACAAUUGCCGAGGGAUCAAAUUCUUACUAUAGCGGUAGUUGAUCAUGACAUUUGUACUGCAGAUGAUCUUAUUGGUGUCACAAAAAUCGAUAUUGAGGAUCGUACCCGCAGUUCUCAUUUUCUGAAUCUAGGGCUGCCCUUCGAGUACAGCUCAUUGGGAUACAACGCAUGGCGUCAUCCCAAAAAACCUAGCAAAAUAUUGGAAGAACUUUGUCAAAACUAUGGGUUGACGCAUCCUGUUUAUGUCGGACAAAGCAUACAGUUAGCAAAUCUCACAUUCAACGAUGAUACCUUGGUAUCAACAGAUGAGGACCUUCAUGAACGGCUGGCUCUAGUUGGGUUGAAAAACUUCCACAAAAUUCCUCUCGUGGGCAGCCAUUUUGUUCCUGAACAUGUAGAAUCAAGGCCACUCUAUCACGAUGACCAUCCUGGCAUCGAACAGGGUAAACUUCAGAUGUGGAUUGAAAUCUAUCCAUCGACGGUAGAGCCCGUGCUUAUUGAUAUCACUCCCUUGCCUCCGAAGGCUUACGAGCUGAGACUUAUAGUGUGGAAUACGGCGGAUGUGAUUCUGGAUGAGAGUAAUAUUUUCGGAACCAAAAUGAGCGAUAUCUACAUCAAAUGUUGGCUCAAUGAAGUGGACGAGGCCCAAUUCACCGAUAUUCAUUACCGAUCCCUGGAUGGGACAGCAAACUUCAACUGGCGGAUGAUAUUCCCGCUCUAUUACUCUCCUUCCGAAGCUAUGAUGGUUGUAAAAAGGAAGAAAAGUUUCUACGAGCAACUCGACACCGAAGAAAAAAUGCCCCCAAUGUUGACGGUUCAAGCUUGGGAUAAUGAUCUGCUAACCCGAGAUGAUUUUCUGGGAACGUUGAACCUCAAUUUGGCGCAACUUCCGAAACCGGUUCCGAAAGCGAUUAACUGUGUCCACCGCCCAUUGACAACGCCCGGCAACACCAGGGAAGAAUAUCUGAACCUGUUUCGUGAAGGAAAAGUUCGCGGGUGGUAUCCCCUCGUGGGAAAAGUGAACGAUAAAAUUGCCCAAACCGGAAAAAUCGAACUCGAGCUCCAAUUGCUAACGGAAGAGGACGCUUUCGCUCGACCUGCCGGAAAAGGUCGUAAACCUCCUCAAAGGUUGCCGGUGCCAGAGCGGCCGACUUCAUCGUUCAACUGGCACCGCCACCCUCUCAAAUCGUUCCAAAUGAUUGUGCGCCCAAACGUCCGCCGAGCGUGUCUGUCCAUCCUCGUGCUAGGGUUCGUUGUGCUGGGAUGCUACGCCCUGAUAAGUGCCGUGCCAAUGUCCAUCAUCACCAAAGCACUGGCCCGUAAGGCUUCCCUGGAUAGGAUCGUCCAAACUGGCGUCGAUGCCCCGGAACAAGAAGAUAACUAGUCCUCCCCGGUUGAAUGCUAAUUUAUCGGUUAAUCGUACAUAUGUUUAUGUCCGAAUGAUGCUUCGGGUGUCG